UACAGGUCAUUCAACUGCUAAGACAAGAAAAUGUCGCAACCUGUUGUUAUUCAGCCCCAGAGCCAGGUUCCUCCAGGUACUAAUCCACAAGAUGGUUAUGGGGCUCCACCGGGCCAAUAUGGGGUUCAAGCAGGCCAAUACGGAACUCCACCGGGCCAAUAUGGGACUCCUCCAGGCGAAUAUGGGGCUCCUCCGGGAGAACAUAGGGCUCCUCCAGUGGUUGAGAGACAGCAGUGUUUGGAGGAUCAAUUUAUAAUGCAACUAACGCCUGGACAACCUGUCCAGUGGAUGAAUCGUCCUCAGCCGAUUCCCGGUUGUCCGCCAGGCUUGGAGUAUCUUGCACAGCUUGACCAGCUGCUCAUUAAACAACAGCUGGAAAUUCUCGAAAUUCUUACAGGAUUGGAAACUCCUAACAAAUACAAAAUUGUCAACAAUAUGGGUCAGCAGGUGUAUUUUGCAGCUCAAGAGGCUGUUGUGUACAAGUGCUGUAAUGAUGUCCAGAUAUACAGAUAUAUAGAUAUUACUGAUAACUUUGGACAGGUUUUCUCUAGUGAUGAGAGUACCAAGGUUUUCUCUAGUGAUGAGAGUACCAAGGUUUUCUCUAAAGAUGAGAGUACCGAGGUUUUCUCUAGCGAUGAGAGUACCGAGGUUGGUAAGAUCACUAAACAGAGGUUAUGUUUCUUUCAGGUUUUCUUUAGUGAUGAGAGUACCGAGAUUUUCUCUUGCGAUGAGGGUACCAAGGUUGGUAAGAUCAGUAAAGAGUUGACCAAACUAAUUCAAGAAUUGUUUACUGAUGCUGACGACUUUCGUGUUACAUUCCCAAUGGAUCUGGAUGUGAAAAUGAAGGCACUUCUCUUGGCAGCGGUCUUCCUCAUUAUGUUAACUUGUAUUUCUAUUUGUACCAGCCUCAGUGGUGUAGACAUCGAACUUGAGGCUGGAUUUCAUGUUCUUUGA